GCUCUCAUCUGGCUCUCAUCUGGCAUGCAAUGAACCGACAGAAACAGCAUCUCAGCUACUCUUCCGAGUUCGUGGCCAUGGACUCGACCAACCUCCUUCCUCAAGAGCACUUCCCUUCGCCCAACGCCAGCGAAUGGGAAACCAUGACCGAUGUGUCUUCAGAUACCGAGAUGGGCGACGCACCUCGUAUUCCUCCAUUUCAUUCCGACGCUUUGGCUGAGCUGACCCUCCCGACUAUGGCAUCACACGGCGAUGACCUCGUCCCCUCCUCCUCGCCUUAUCAAUAUGCAAACACAGACAUCACUCCAGAAUCGGUACCUUACCCACUCAGUCCAUUGACCAGUCAUGAUUACAGCCACAUCACCUUCUCUCCUCCACCCUCCGCUCCUCCAUCGCCUGAUCGCAACCACGACCAAGAUGCUGGCUCGCCAAUCCCACCGAUCGCCUACGAUUGCGACGCUAAGGAUGAAAAAGAACGCUUCCGCCUUCCGCACGUCCGAGUCGAGCGUCACUUGCCUGGGGUGAACGAUUUCAUGGUUGGUGCUGUGCACCCUUUUGACUCUGACAAAAUCGCAUCGCCAACGCGACCACGUUCAUACCCCUCCUCAACCCCCUUAUCUAUCGACCCCAACAACAUCGAAGCAGGUGAAGAUGAAGAGGGCAGAGAAGACUCCAACAUUGUCUGCUCCCGCCAACGCAGUGCAGACCUUAUGCCUUUUAAAGUCAUACGCCUCAGAGACCUAUACGAGCGCGAACUUCCGAUUGUAGACCUCAGCUGUCUCGAUCUCUUGCCGCGCGAUUUUGUCACAACGCUCCUAGGAAUAGACCGAGCCUGGAACGUUCUGGAUGCUUACCAGUCUGAGCGAGAGAUGGCAGGUUCCCCAGCGUCCUCCCACGAGCUGGACGAAUUCUUUAUGAUUGAGCUGGCGGCGCGUGGCGGCCACCGCGGCCGGCAACCGGUCGUGUACCCGGAGGAUAUUUUGCCGUACAUUUCGAAACAGAUCUAUGAAGAAUUCAGGAACGAACAUGACAGUCUUGCGCAACAGGGUGGAAGAUCAGGACUGGCAGUCUUUGAUGAGGACUACUGGUCGUACAUGGCCGAGCAAGGCGCGAUCUGGGACGAAAUUGACGCCUGCGAAGCUGACGCUACCGAAGGUGACGAUACUGAAGAUGACGAUGCUAAAGAUGACACGGCUGGAGUUGACGUAGCUGAAGCAUGAUCCUGUCUCAGACCGCGUUCGAGUUGUCUUGACAGCAGAGAGAAGUACCGUUGGGCACAUGGAGAUGUUGGAGAGCUGAGAGUCGGCGGAACUCAGGAUAGCGACGACGAAGUGGCCUCUGAGUACUGGCUGCCUAGCUGAUUUCAGCCCGGGCGAACUUGGAUACUAGUAUUGGCAUUGGCACGCCGGACGUGAAGUGUAACAUGGGCAGAGAAUGUAGCAGCAGCAUCUCGGCUUUGCUUUUCAUGAUCCUGAAUGGUGUUCCUCUCCCUUGAGGAACUGUUGGCCGGGCUGGAAAUGGCAGGCAAUUCGAGGCCCGAAGACAUGCUGGUGGAUAAGAAGCUGAAACUCGAAACUCGAACAACGAUGAGAAUUAAUUCGUCGAGCACGUUAAUUGUCUAAAUAU